AUGGCUGGUAAGUGUGUUCACAAAGGAUGUGGGAAGACUUUUUCCGACCCGGAGGAAGAUUGCGUGUAUCAUCCGGGUCCUCCAGUGUUCCACGAAGGACAAAAAGGCUGGAAAUGCUGCAAACCCCGCGUUUUGACCUUUGAUGAAUUCCUCUCUAUCCCACCAUGCACGACUGGCAAACACUCCACAGUUGACGAUACACCUGUCCCUGAACCUCGCAAAGUUGUGGAGGAAGCUCCUGCCCCAGCAGCUCAGGUGAAAGCGCUGCCCGAGAGACCUGCUAUAUCUACCACUGUCGCGCCUGCUACACCCCCCGCCAAGCCACAACCAGAAGAGCCCGAGUCCGACGAUCCUGAUCUGGAGAUCUCCGCCAAUGCGACAUGUCGUCGCAAAGGUUGUGGCUCUACCUACACUGGAUCCAGUGCUCGAGAUGACGAGAAAUGUGUGCACCACCCUGGUCUUCCAGUCUUCCAUGAGGGCAGCAAAGGAUGGUCAUGCUGCAAGCGUCGAGUGUUGGAGUUUGAUGAGUUUUUGAAGAUGCCAGGCUGCACUGAAAAGACAAGACACUUGUUUGUGGGCAAGGCCAAGCCUCCUGGUGAGGAGAAGGUUGACACCGUUCGUAACGAUUUCUACCAGACAUCAGCUUCCGUGAACGUCUCCCUCUACUUGAAGAAAAUUGAUAAGGAUCGUGCCCGUGUUGAUUUGACAGCCGAGUCCAUAACACUUGACCUUCCUACGACCGAUAACAAGCGCUACCAGGAUACUUACAAACUAUUUGCGCCAAUCGACGCCGAGAAUUCAUCCUUUAAGGUGCUUGGUACGAAAUUGGAGCUCACACUAGUCAAGGCAGAUGGAACUAGCUGGCCAGUGUUGCGUAGUGAUGACAAGUGGACUGGAGAACGGAUUCAGAUUGGAAAUGCUGGACGGGCUUGA